AUGGCGUGCUACCUGGUGAUCAGCUCCAGACAUCUCAGCAACGGGCAUUACCGUGGCAUUAAAGGGAUCUUCAGGGGACCUCUCUGUAAGAACGGCUCUGCCUCCCCGGACUUUGCUGAAAAGGAGAAGGCAGCUGCAAAAGCUCUGGAGGAUGUGAAGGCUAACUUCUACUGUGAAUUAUGUGACAAGCAGUACCAUAAGCACCAUGAGUUUGACAACCACAUCAAUUCCUAUGAUCAUGCUCACAAGCAGAGACUGAAAGAGCUAAAACAAAGGGAAUUUGCACGGAAUGUUGCUUCAAAGUCCUGGAAAGAUGAGAAGAAACAGGAAAAAGCACUCAAACGCCUCCAUCAGCUGGCAGAGCUGCGGAAGCAGUCGGAAUGUGUUGCUGGAUGCAGGCCUGUAUUUAAGACUCCCCAAGUGGUGGUAGAAAAACAGCAACAACUACAAGAAAAACAUCUCUUAGCUGAAGAAGGGAAAGUCGAGAACACUGAAGGACAAAGUCUCAGCAGCAGCACUUUAGGGAAACAAGAGGAGCUUUUGCUAAGCAGGAACCAGUCCUGCGUAGAGAGGCGGCAUUUGCUAAGAAAUCGCAUUUCUCCAGCCUUUUCUUGUGGCACUAAUGCCUGUAAUCGGGCCGGGGUGUCCUUUUCCUUCUCUAAAAAAGCCCAUUUGAGGCUUGAGUCAUCUGCAUCUGUCUUCAGUGAAAACAUGGAAGAAGUGCAGGACUGUACCGGUUCACCUAGGCAUAAAGCAAAACAAACACCCAAGGAGUGCCAUGCUUGCAUACAUAUGAGUGAUGAGAGGAAAGCAAAUGUGCCAAAACGGCUAAAUACACUUCAAGGGCACCCAGACACCAUUGUAGCAUGCAGUCUGGCUGGGAAAAAUAAAAAGCAGAAAGAAAAUGAUCAGCAGGUCAACCGAGAGCAAGUGGGAAUUCAACUUUCACUUUGUAAAGACCAACUGCAUCCUCCAGGUUUGGAAUGUGAGGAGUCCCCUGCUAGAAGAGAACUUGGAAGACCAUCAAAUGGCACCCAGAAAUCCUUGGAAAGUGUUGUUACCCUGCAGUGCCAACCUAGCAAUGUUUGUGUGAAACGAAACACGUACAAGCACAGUGAUGUCCUGUUAGCAGAAUGUGUCUCCAAGUUUUCAGCCCAACGUUCAUCUCAGCAAGGACUUCCACCUGAGGUUAACUACAAUCCCUGUAUAUUCAACCAAUCUCCUGAUCGCUCAAAAACGAUGAAUACAACUGCUGAAACACCUAGGGGUGAAACCCUGGUUCAUGAAAUUAAGCCUAAAGCAUUGCCUUUUCUUCAUGUUCUAAGUAAAGAUGGCAACACUGCCUUGCGGUGGCCCACUGAACUUCUUUUGUUUACAAAAACAGAACCUUCCAUUUCCUAUGGUUGUAACCCAUUAUAUUUUGAUUUUAGACUCUCCUUGUCACAUAGAGACACUGGGCAUCCUGAAGUCAACAUUGAAAGUCCUAAAGAGCACUCAAAAACUAUGGACAUUGAUGGGAUCGAAGCCUCGGGUCUAAAUGAGAACAAGCAAGAGCCCAAUGAACAAGAUAAUCAGUCUCUGAAGCCAAAGAAGAAGAAACGAGCUCUAAGCCUCAAAAAGUCCCAGCCAAAAUUAGAUUCAGACACAGAGAAUGAAAUCAAUCCAAGUGCUCCAAAGUACGUGUCAGAUUAUUUGAAUGAAAACAUACCUAAAGUGCCUGCUCACCUUGAUUGCUCACAAAGGCAUUACACAAGAAUUACGCGUCCUCAUACGACAGCGCAGAUGCAGUCUUUAGCACAGCACUUGCAGAACUGUGAAAGAACUCUGGAUGGUGAAGUAACUGAAAAACUUUGUAUCUAUCCCUUCAUGUCUAGGACAAAAAAGCAAAAAUGUGCAAAAUGCGAUUUAAUGUAUUCCCAAAGACAAGACAAGCUGGAUUUGGUCAGCUGCACCAGUGACAUAAGUGACAGUGGGAAAGAUUCCAUCCUCGGAUACAACCUGGGCUCCCCUAGAGAGUGCUUGAGAAAAGAAAGCAAUGGGAGUUUUGCUGGUUGCUGGAAAUUCUCUUCUUUGCAGCAGCCCUUUUCUGACAGACAGUCUAAUUAUUCUGACACCAGUGUUAGCAGUGUGACUAGUUAUGCAAGUUGCUACUCGAGUCACAGAUCAAGUGAUCACAGCAGAAGUCAUUUGCCUUUUUGUUGCAAAAGGAAACAAAAGCCGGUUGAAAGGCAGAAAUGUAAACACAAAAAGCACAAUUGCAUUUCAUCUUCUGAUGAUGCAGAUGAGGACUGCCUUUUCAACAAAAAAAGUCAAAGAUCUAGAAACUGUACACAGAGGCACACAGGAAAAUAUCAAAGGCAUUCAAGGAAUAGGCAUUUACUACAAAGAGAUGCAUCAAAGCAAAGCAGAAAGAGACACCCGUUCUGUAAACACAGCAGAAGCAGGAGCUACAGCAGCUCCAAAGGUUCUUCAAUCCAAGAUUCAGGAAGCAGCGACAGAUCAUCAAGUUGCACCUGGACAAGAGGCAGCAGUUCAGGAUCCCUUGCAAAAGACUGGGACAAAUUCCAAAAGUAUGUGAACAGCAAUGGCAGUGCAGAGCCAGGAAAGUUGGACUCUACACAUGCAGGCUGCCAACAUGCAAGUUGCCCAUCAAAAUAUAUUGGCCUUUGCUCAAUCAACCCCUUUGGAAGAAAAGCAGUGGGACAGAAGAAGUCCCUAACUGCCAGGCUGCUUCUAGAGAAGGUGAAAUCAAAGCAAAACCAGGAGCAAAGUCAGAAUGUGGGGAGCUGCGCAAACGCCUGUGGGGUAGCAGCCCCCUUGAGUCAACCUGGUAUUAAAUGUGCAUCUUCAGCAGGCAGUGAGGCAAUGUUACCUUCACCCCAGAAAGCCCUCAGCUUCAGUACCAGCGGCGUGUGGAACCAGGAAAGCAGCCCAAUGGAAAGCAGCACAGACAAAGAUCCAGUCGCAAUAGAUAACGUUGCUCUUACAGCUAGUGCUGACUAUGGUAAUUGCCUGCUGCAAGGCUUAAUUCAAAGAGGGACUUGCAAUCAGGCCCCGAAUAUGGAAAAGGACACAGCAAUAAAGGAGCAGUCACAUCUCUUAACUGGUGAAAUGCAAGCCCUUCUGCAAAGCUGUGACCCAGUGCCAAACAAUUUUCUUGGUGCUUUCCCUUCUCAUAGAUAUCCUGCUGUUCCAAAUCUAACAGAGACCAAAGAAGAAGACAAUGCAAACGUGACCUUGAAUCAAGGGGAAGGGAAUAAUCUAAACUGUAACUCUGACAGUGCUAUGCAUAAGUCCAGUGAAGCAGCAAACAAGACUGAACUGAGCCCUAAGUGUGUCUCCUCUCCCUUAACACAGCAGCCUAUAACAUUUUCCCCCGAUGAGAUAGACAAAUACAGGUUUCUUCAGCUGCAGGCUCAGCAGCACAUGCAGAAACAGCUUGUGGCAAAGCAUCUCAAAGUGCUGCCUGCCGCAGGGCCAGCCGCCUUCUCGGCCUCCCCAGCUGCCCAGCCUCCUCCGGUCCAGCAGUGCUCUUCUGUCGCCACUCUCCACCAUACGCUUUUGCAGAGCUUCGCUUUGUCCGCGGGAGUCCAUCCCCACAGCAGCCAUCUUUCCCUCCGGCACGUGCACCCAUUCACACCGUCUCCUUUUGCGCCGAUCUCGCUGGCCCCCUUCGCGCCAACCUUCAUGCCUGCCCACUCAGCACUACUGGCGGGGCACCCAUUCCACUUGGUGUCAGCAACUCCAUUUCACCCGCCCCAUCUGGCACUCCCACCGCUGCCCCCCACGGCAUUCAUCCCCACCUUAUUCACACCGCAGCUGAAUGUGGCCGCCUCUUCAGCAAUUCAUCUCAAUCCUUUCAUUCAACCCUUAUUCCAGGGUCAGGAACUUCAGCAUCCUUCUUGA